GUUUAGCAAUUUGCUGUAAAGCGUCAAAAUGGCGUCGAAGCAACUUCAACCGAGAAACAUAUCUCGGAUUAAAAGACGGGAAAAGAAAAACGUAUACUCCGUUAUUUCCACCGAUGUGAUGGGAAAUAGAAACGUAGAAAUUGUUCCCGUUGGCGCUUGGGUUGAGCCAGCUGACUGUGAUAUACAGCCAAAUGCCGUUCUCUCAGCACAGAUGGAAGAAGAAAAAAUCAGUCGACUUAAAGAGGAAAAAGAAAAUCGUCUUCGGAGUUUUCAGAAAGAAGUGAAGCAGCGCUUGACUAGAAUAAAUCGUUUAAAAAAAGAACAACAAAUACGAGAUGCAGAAAGAGCCUUUGAACAGGAAAGAAAAGUGGUGCAACAAUCAUUCUUGACUGGGGAUACUUUAAGAGUGGAUACCUGCACACAGCGACAGGAUUUAGAUAAGGCAAUUAUGAAGAGAUUGUUAGAGAAGUAUGGAGAGGAUGUAACAACAUGGGACAGAGUAGCUGCUCCUAGUCUACAGUCUCAAACAGAAGAGAAUCAUAUGGCUAUGGACAAAGCUCGACAACAACUCAUCUCUAAGAAGCUGGAACAAAGAAAGGUUGUACUUGGCAAUUCAGACAAUCAAAACGGUGUGAUGGUGGUGCGACAUGUUCAGAAUCCUACUGUGAAAAGUGUUACACAUAUGGCUCCAUCACAGAAAUGUGUAAGUCGCAGUGAUGUAGAAGACAGAAUAUCAGCCAGUGAUACUAAAGAGUUUGUAGGGACACAGAGUGAAGAAGAACAAUUUCUAGACCAAAAUGACAGUGACACCUAUGAUUUUAAUGAAGAACCAGUCGACAAGGGGAGAGCACUCAAUUUUUCUGAUUCAGAAGCUAGAGUGAUCAAAGAAAUAUUAAGGAAAAGUGCAGGAAAAUCAAAAAGGCCAACUUCUGCACGCUUAGAUGCCAUAUUGAAAAAUGAAGCCAAAAAUGAAAUACAAGAACGACAGCGCAAACAGCAGGCAGCCAUUUCAAGACGUAUUUUUAUGGACAGAGAGAGAGAGGCUGUGAGAGAAAACAUCCGCAGAGAAAUACAAAGAAAGAGAAUUAUUAGUUUAAAAAAAGAGAAAGAGGAGUACAGAGAAGCACUGGAAGAAAUGGCUCAACAGGAGUUGGACACAGUGUGUCCAGGGUCAGAGGAGCUGGAAGAAGAGAGGAAGCUGAGAGAAGAACUUGAGGAGAUGCAGGUUAGAGACAUGGUGACAAGGAGGAAAGAGGAACUGAAGAAAUCCAGAGAGAUGGAGAGGUACUUGGAUGCACUCCGCCAUAAGCUGUUGGAAAAAGUCAAGAAACACAACAUAGAGUUACCUGCCUUGUGCGCAUGUGGUAACACUCUCUGGGAUACACACCCAGAAACAUGUGCCAAUAACUGCUUCUUUUAUAAAAAUCAAAGAGCUUAUGUUAGAGCUCUUCAGUCUGUUAUAUCAUCCAUUGAAGUCAAGUAACAAUACCACUGCUAUUAAUCCAGCAUAGCUUGAACUAUUGUAUAUAAAAUUAAUCUAUUUAUUAUCUCUACAACAGAGAAUGACUUCAUUCCAUUCUUGAGUUUAGUCUGUACAUUUCUUGAACAAUAAAGCAAUGUGGUACACUUCA